AUGUCGGAAGGUGAGAAAAGGGAAAACGGAGAGAACCACCGACGGCGAAUCCCCAGGGAUCUGUUGCAGAGGUUCAUGUCUAAAAACCAGAAACUGUCGGAAGAGAGAAUGAUGGAAGAUGGAGAGGUAGAGAUUGAGCUAGACUUAGGGCUUUCUCUCAACGGUAGGUUUGGUGUGGACCCACUAGCGAAGACGAGGCUCACGAGGUCUUCUUCGACACCUGAUUUCGUGGUCAACGAUAGAUCAGGGUUGAGCAGGACUUGCUCGUUGCCGGUGGAGACGGAGGAAGAGUGGAGGAAGAGGAAGGAGUUACAGAGUUUGAGGAGGCUCGAGGCAAAGCGGAAGAGAUCACAGAAACAGAGGAACGUGAGGGAGAAACACAAAGCUGGAGUAAGAGAAGAGAAUCUUCUAGAAGAAGGAUCUAUUGGAUCUUCUGGUAGUGGUUCCUCUGGUUUGUCUGAACUCGAUACCAUCCCUCCUCCUGUUCAAGCAACAACAAACAAGUCCAUGGAAACAAGCCCUUCGAGUGCCCAAUCAACGCCCGAGAAUUCGGCGGUCCGAAACAUUAUAGAAGACAUGCCAUGCGUGUCAACGACAGGGGACGGACCGAACGGGAAGAAGAUAGAUGGGUUUCUGUAUCGGUACAGGAAAGGUGAGGAGGUGAGGAUUGUGUGUGUGUGCCAUGGAAGCUUCCUAUCGCCUGCAGAGUUCGUUAAGCAUGCUGGUGGUGGUGACGUGGCACAUCCCUUGAAGCACAUCGUUGUAAAUCCAUCUCCUUUCUUGUGA